AUGGGAAAAUCUUCCAAGGACAAGCGCGAUGCUUACUACCGCCUUGCCAAGGAGCAAAAUUGGCGCGCUCGUUCUGCCUUCAAGCUUAUCCAGAUCGACGAGCGAUUCGACCUAUUUGAGCACGAGAACCCGGACAGUGUGACGAGAGUUGUCGAUUUGUGCGCUGCACCUGGAAGUUGGAGUCAAGUACUCAGCCGUGUCUUGAUUAAGGGCGAAAGUUUCGGGCGGCGAGCAUGGCUCGAGAAAAAGCGUGCAGAACAACGGGGAUUGGAGGGCGCAGAUGCAACGACGGCCGAUGAUGAUAAAAUGGACUGCGAUGAACCUUCUUCAAGCCCUGAAUUAAAGCCCCGGAAGAAUGUCAAGAUCGUAUCCAUCGAUCUGCAACCCAUGGCACCGCUCGAAGGUAUUACAACCCUCAAAGCUGAUAUCACACACCCCUCUACGAUUCCUCUCCUCUUGCGCGCUCUGGACCCAGAAGCAUACGGACAGCCAUCCGCCCCAUCCGACUCUCCAUCACAAGUCAAAGAGGCUAGCAGACAACCUCACCCCGUCGACCUAGUCAUAUCCGAUGGUGCCCCAGAUGUAACAGGUCUACAUGACCUAGACAUUUAUAUUCAAUCACAACUUCUCUACGCAGCCCUUAAUCUUGCUAUGGGUGUUCUCCGACCUGGCGGUAAGUUCGUCGCCAAGAUCUUCCGCGGCCGCGACGUCGACAUUCUCUACGCGCAGCUGCGGACCGUCUUCGAGCGCGUCAGCGUUGCGAAGCCACGCAGCAGUCGCGCCAGUAGCUUGGAGGCAUUCGUGGUCUGUGAGGGCUUCAUUCCACCUGUUAGUGACAGUGGAGUGGUCGGUAUGGCCGCAUUGAAAAAUCCACUCUUCGGCGGAGCCGUUGCUCCAGCAGCCGUGUCGGAAGAUGGUAAUGUGGGCGUGGAAGUCCGUGAGGAAAUCGACCAAGACACACAGGCCCGAAGUACCGUGGCGCAACUCGCGACAGUCAGCAGUCCUGCACCAAAUCACACCACUGAAGUCCGCCAUCUUCAAACCACAACAUCACAAGACCAGCCCCAACCCCAGAAACUGUCAAACAAGUUCGCGGUUGAGAACCGAUGGAUUCCGUCGUUUAUUGCUUGUGGUGAUCUUUCCGCUUGGGAUUCCGAUGCAACCUACACCCUACCUCCGGAUUAUGUUAAUCUGGAUCCCAUCCAGCCACCCACUGCACCGCCGUAUCGUCGGGCAUUGGAGUUGAGGAAGGAAAAGGGUGGUGCAUAUGGGAAGACCAAGCUUUGGUCCAAAUAG